AUGCUACACACGGCGCAGGCCAGCGCAUUAGGGGUCGGCGCCUUCGGUCUGCCUUGCCUCGCCUUGUCCGCCGCCGAAUCGCUUUCAUUGACAGAGGCCAACGACACGGCGAGGCGGCUGCUCGAGCUGGACGAUGGGCACGAUGGGUUCACGGCCGUCGAUCUCUUCCGGGGACUCGUGAAGCAGGAGCAGCAGCGACACGAGGACCAGCGAGUGAGAGAAGGCCUGAAGGAGUAUUUGAUCGGGUUGGCACGGCGGUCGAGCGCGCUGGCAUGGGGCGAGACGAUCCAGCUCGCCUUCUUCACACGGACGGGACAGCGGCGACGAGCAGACGCCCUCGUCACCUUCUCCUCGACCGACUCGACACCCUCGGCGAGCACCGACGACGCCGUCACCUUGUCCAUCCUCUUUGUCCGCCCCUUGCCCGUCGACUCGACGCCAUUCUCGCCCACCCUGCGCCAUCUAAACCUCCCGACCGACUUUGCAUUGGCCAUGCCUUCGUCCCAACCCUCGACUCGCCCCUCGUUCGAAGCCUUCACUCCGCCUCCAAACCAUGCCUUUUCCCUCUCGCCGCACGUCGACCCGAGCUUCGUCUCGUCGUCCGACCGGUCAGCGUCAUUCAGCUCGUCCAACUCGCGCCCGGCUCGACGAAUCGCUGUCGGAGAAGAGCGAGCAAAGUUGCCGCUCGACGACAACUUGAAGAGCAUGCUGCAGCACGCGACGAGUCGAGUGACGGAUACAGCAUCGACACCUCGCACGGCGUCCGUCUCGCCUGGACCUGGCUCGCCUUCAACGCCCCCAACUUCAGCCGCUCCUUCCCUCUCUUCUCCUCCCGUUCCCUCCACCAACGUGGUCACCGCCUCUCCCGUCAUUCCCACCGACUCUCCUGACCCCUCCUGCAAGUCCCCGCCCCGUCCCACUCCUCGACGAACACCCUCCGGCUCGAAACUGCCCGCCUCCGUCGAAGGCCUGACAGGCCGCCGGCAAUCCUUCGACCAAGCGCUCGUCACCCUCUCGCAAAAGACCGACGGUACCGCUCGGGCAGACGGGACGGGACCGAUCUUCUUCCGCCUGCCUGUGAACGAGAUCGAUGCAGGCAGCAGCGACAUCUCACCUCGGAGCGAGAAGGACAACCCGCUUGCCGGGCUUGUCUCCUCGAGUCGGGGAAACUCGAGCGACGACUUUUCGCAGGCGACGCCGGCGGAAGAUGCGGCGUUGCUUGAGACGGCGAGGGAGGAAGCGGCUGAGAAGCGCGCACGGGAUAUUCGGCCGCCGCUGUCGCUUGCGCAGCUGACGAACAUGGUCGAGAACAAUCCGCAUAUGUGCUUCAUUGCGGAUCCGGACGGCCAGGUUGUGUGGCUCAACUCGACGUGGUAUGAGUACACGGGCGGUGACCCGCGCUACCACAUGGACUUUGCCGAGUGGAUGUCGAUGUUCCACCCAGACGACCUCUCGGCCGUCCUGCCCAUCUACCUCGGCGCGAUGCAAUCCGGCGAACCCUUCUCCUUCGAGUACCGAAUCAAGAACAAGGACGGUCGGCUGAGAUGGCACAAGGUGUCGGGUCGACCACAGAAAGGGGCGGAUGGGAAGCCCGUGGCGUGGUAUGCGACGAUUGCGGAUGUCGAGCCGGAGAUGCGCGCGCGGCACGAUGCGUUGCUGGUCAAGGAGCGGACGCGCGCGGUCCUCGAGGGCUCAGACCUCACGCUCCUCACGGUCGACCCGUCCUUCAAGAUCACCUUUUUCGAGGGCAAGACGCCUCCCCGCCUGACCGGCCGGUCGUACGACACCAUCGUCGGCUCUCCCCUACUCGAUUUCUUCCCCGCCGGCGAACUCGAGGCUGCGGUUCAGCAGGUCUUGGAUGGCGAGAGCGAGAAUGGGUUUGCCGAGUCGGAGACUUCGACGAGUCAGGGGACGAUGUAUCAUCGCUACCGGCUCGUCCCGCUCCGAGGCGACCCCUCGAUCCCGCAAACCCAUCCCGACUACAACGCCAUCACAGGCUGCAUCAUCGUCUGUGCCGACGUGUCCGAGCGUAAACUCGCCGACCAAGCUCUGCAGAAGUCGCGCGACGAGAGUGCGAAAUUGGCUGCGUCGGAGGUUGCAGCGAGGGAAGCGAAUCAACUCAAGACGUCGUUUUUGACGACCAUCUCGCAUGAGAUCAGAACGCCGAUCGCCGCCAUUCUCGGCAUCUGCGAACUCCUCCUCGCCGACUCGAACCGCCUCGCGCCCGACCAACGCAACCUCGUCGAGAACGCCGUCCAGUCCGGCGAGCUCCUCCUCGAACUCGUCGGCGCCGUGCUCGACGUCCGCAAGAUCGAGACGGGCGAACUCGAACUCGAGACCGCGCCGUUCCUCCUCUCUGAAGCGCUCGCAGAUGCGCGUCUCUUCUCCAUCAUCGCGCAGAAGAAGGGCCUCGAGUUUGUUGAAGACGUUGGCGAGUUCUACGGCGGGACGCUCCUUGCGGACCGGUUGCGCUUGCGCCAAGUGCUCGCCAACGCCCUCUCGAAUGCCGUCAAGUUCACGAAAGAAGGGAGUGUGACCCUCCGAUGCCGCCAACUCUCGGAGGACGACACCCGCAUCGUCGUGCGGUUCGAGAUUGUCGAUACAGGCGUCGGGAUCGACUCGACUGUGCUGCCGACGCUGUUCCAUCCGUUUCGACAGGCGGAUGCCAGUACGGCGAGGGAGUAUGGAGGGUCGGGGCUGGGGUUGACCAUCGCGAAGAAGCUCGUCGAACUCAUGGGCGGCAGCAUCACCCUCGACUCGACUCUCGGCUCAGGGUCGCGGAUGACCAUCACGAUCCCGCUCCAGAAGGCCCCGCUCGCCGAUGUCGUCGACUUUGUCGGCACGACUCAACCUCUUCCCGCCGAGAGUCCCGCCGAAGCGCAGCGUCUCGCCAAGUCUGAGGAGGUCGUCAAGAAGGUCCGCAGGUCUCGACGACCGGAAGACGUUCGCAUCCUCCUCGCGGAAGACAACGAGCUCAUUCGUGAGAUCGUCACUCGCACGCUGCGCAAGAAGCGUUUCGUGGUCGAUGCGGUCGUGGACGGGCGGCAAUGCGUCGAGCAAGUCCAGCGCGAGCGGUACGACUGCGUCCUCAUGGACGGGCAGAUGCCAGGGUUGGACGGCUACCGCGCCAGUCAAUUUAUCCGCCAGUCGCCCGACCCGGCUAUCCGCCGACUGCGAAUCAUUGCCUUGACGGCGUCGGCGAUCGCAGGCGACCGCGAACGAUGCCUCAGCGCCGGGAUGAACGCCUACCUUGCGAAACCGGUUCGUGCGGCCGAACUCGAGGCGGCUAUUUGGGAGCAGGUCGAGCUUGCCGAGGACCAGCAUGACGAGCCGAAUGGUGGCGAUUCCUGA